UGGCAGGCCUUCUUCGAAGAUAGUUUGUCGCGAUCGACGUGCGUUUCUUUAUUUGUGUUUUAUGCAGCUCCUAAUGCAGCAACGCCGCUGAUAAGGGACAGAGAAGCAGAGGAACAACGUACUGGCUUACUAACAGGGAGUAAUAGCGGAUCUUCCACCACCUCAUACAAUCCUCUAGAGAUGUCAGACUGUAGUCCGAACUACAAACCAUUACCAUAAUUAUUGUGAUUAUGACAAUGCUUUAUAUACUAUGAAAUAGAGUACUAAAUUUGUUGUUCUGACUGUAGCAAAUGAAUAAUUAUAGCAACCAUGAUUGUAUUGAACUUCAGUGUCCAUUUGUGUAGUGUAGCAUUUCCUUGUGUGAUUGGAACAAUAACCCUUAAAGGUUUACAAAGGUAAGCAGCACGGCAAAAGUUUUAUCUGUCUGAUUGUCGAG